GCGGAGACGCGGAUACGCGGAGAAGCGGGAAGAUCUUCAAAUUUCCGCGCUUGAAUUCUUCUAAUUAUUGUUUUUCUGGACUGGGGUCAGCUGCCUUCUAAACACGAACCAAAGAAAACUUUUUCAAGCAACCUUCAGGUGCAUUUUUCAGAUUGCAGAAUAAAUUCAAUGAAAAUACUGACAAGGUAAAGGUGACAGAUUAAGCCACAAAUUGGUACUUUUCGAUAAUUAUUCCAUUAAACUUCAGAUAGCAGCCAUUAAUUAAUGUUUAUGGUAAGUUUAGACUGUAAUGCAAACAUCGAUGUACAGUUCUCGCAUCUAACCGUCUUAAUGCGUUUAAAAUAUUAUAUAUAAUAUUAUGUAGUAAGAGAGGAGGGCAAUAGGCCUAUUGAUGUCAAGAGAACUGGCACAAUUAUUGCAAUUUAGGUGAGUGGAACUGUGGAUAUUUGGCAUAAGAAACCAAGAAUUGCGGCACGGAACUGAAUGGGCCUUUGGUUUAAUGACAGUUUAGCUUGCAAAAUCCAACGAAAUCCGUCGUAAAAGUUUGCGGAUUAGCAAAGUGAGAGAUUGUAUCGCUUGCUGACGAACUGUGUAAGCUGAUCUGAAAACGAGCAAGUCCAGUGUCCCCUGAAGUCGCGCCGUUGGAUUCGAAUUAUAUUUUAUUCGCUUUUGAAUAAGAGAUGAGAAUCCCGUUGGAGUUCGACUGUGGGAUAAAAAACCUUUCGAAGGUGAAUGUCAAUAAUUUGUUUCACAAACUUUUGUAUUCUGAUAAAUUCGUUGAUACACUACAAACUGUCUAAGACCGCGGACAUAAGAAAGAGUACGGCAACUUGUUUGAUUGAGUUUGGAAUAAUGUCAAUAUUACAUAAGGGAUAGGAUGAAAAAUUCGACCGCAUUUUCACAAGGUUCAGAGAAAAUCCCAGAUUAAUUCCUUAAAGAAAAUUAAUUUCUAAUUUUAAAGACAGAGGAAAAUCUGAACUGUUGCUAUAUGAAGGGAUUUUGUCGUGUAUUUUGGGCAAUUCUCAGUGGAAAGUAUGCUGUGAUUUUCCACCCAGAUUCCAUUUUCUGGAAAUGAAAGAAAAAAUUGGAUGUCUACGUCAAUGGCAUAGUAAUGAAAUCCAAAUAACAGCAUUGUGUCACCCCCGUUUCAUGGACGAUAACUGCAUCGAUUUCUAGCUGCAGAACAGGGGGAUUUGCUGUGUGUUCCGUACCAAUAAAUCUUUGAAGCAACCAAUACGUCAAGACGGAAGAGGGCCAUUUGUUACUUUUGGGGGUUAUAACUGUCAGGAUCGUCUGCCGAGCUUGGGUUCAUGUUUCUAAGCUUUACCUUGUUGUGUCAACACCUCCUUUACAACUUCCCGUAUAGUGCGGUUGCAUGCAUUUCAUAGGCGCCUCCACCAACACAAGCAGUCGACGUAAGUGCCCCCCUGACUCCAGCGGUGAUAUUUAAGAAGUUUUUGCCCGACAUAAAUGCUACUCAACAGACUAAGAUAUUGAGAAGAAGUUGAAGCUGAGCUGUCGACCCGUGUCACGGAAGGCCGUUUGAUUAAUGCCAGCUAUAUUGGUAAAGACUUGAGAAGUGCACUCGACCUUACGAGUAAUUCUAUUCGAUCUACAGUGGUUGAGACUACACGAGGGUAAGUUUACAGGAUCAUAUACCGCGAUAAAACCUUGGCUUCGUGAUAGUGACAGGGUGCUGACAGAAGUCCGUGCCCUUUUUAGUAUAGCAAGAUGAUUUGCACCAAAGUCAUAGCACUGCUGUUUACCGUUGUAUCUUGUCAAGCUUGUAUAACUCUUCUUGAUAACAAAUGGAAGCCUCAUACAAUCGAGGAUCGAGCUGCAGUUGCAGAGGUAGUUUUGUCAACGAGGACACUCAACAAGUUUCCAAUACCAAAUACUCGAAUGGGGCUGUACGGUGCCAACUUUGAAGUACUAUCUAUUUUAAAGGGCUGGUCAAAAAUAGAGGAGCUUCUUGCAAAGGGAAGCCCUUCAGUCCAAGAAAGGGAAAAGCUUGUCAUAUCAGCCCUUGGUUUUGGUGACAGAAGACGCUGUUGGUCUUCAGUUGAGAUUGGGGAGACUUAUAUACUUUUCUUGAGUGUUAACAAUAAUAGUGGCUAUUUGGUUGCGAAAUACCUCGGAGCAUUCGGAGCUGCAGAACUCCUUUACGCACCAUCAGAAGAGGCGAUCUUACUUUCAUUAGGAUGGAAGCCUUGGUCGACCUGGAGCACCUGUUCUAGCAGCUGUGGAGGAGGAAUCCGAAGACGAAAGAGGCAAUGUAUUUCAAAGCAGCUUUGCCGUGGUCCUCAUAUGGAAUCGAAGAAAUGUAAUACUUUUGGCUGUGUCGGGACAGUUGAAGUUUUGAAAGAGAUCGAGAAAGAGAACAUCAACACAAAGCAAAGCAAACUGUUUCGUGAUGGUUCACUUUUUGGAAACGGCCUGGGCGCUGCUCCAAGUGCGAUGACGUACCUUCUGUUUCCGCAGCAAUUUCCAUCUGAAUUUUCAAUACUGGCAACAAUUAAAGCUGCCCUGUUUCUUCCACGGUUUCUGUUUAGUCUUUAUGAUGCAAACAAUCGUAUGUUGCUUGGGCUGAAGUUAGGCCCAGGGCUAAUCACUGUUCACUAUGGCGGACAAAAUGACGUCACCCAUGACAGAACCUCACAUUCAUUUGCUGUCGAUUUGAGGAGGAAUGAAUGGCAUCAAAUUGGCAUUUCUGUGACUUCAACCGAGCUGAUUGUCACUGAAAGCUGUGUAAAAGUUGGUAAAGCUCCCCUGAAUGGUGUACCGGCUGCGUCAUUUGACAUUUUCGGAGCGGUUUAUAUUGGAGCAGACGAGAGUGAAGGUGCAAGCAAAAAUUUCCUGGGUCAGGUUUCCCAGCUUACAAUUGUACCAGAUCCUGCUGCGGUAUUUGAGCAUUGUGGAAGACAGAUAUUCUUUCCAUCGCAAAGAAGAACAAGGCAGCCAUCGCCACCGUACGUCGAAGGCCCACGUGUGUCAAAAGAAGAAAGAGAGACGGAGGCCAGUGGAAGCGCCGACAAUUACGUUGAUCAGGAGAAUGGAUCUGAAGUUGACGAGGAACACGGAUCUGGGCAAGUUGAAUGCAGUGCACAAUGUCUUAACGGUGGUAAAUGCGUCAACAUUUCGAAAUGUAGUUGUCCCUCAGGCUGGGGUGGAGAUGAUUGCAGUCAAGCUAUUUGUAACCCACCCUGCGAAAAUGGAGGAAACUGUCUAUCUCCUGGUGUUUGCAAAUGCAGCCCAAACUAUGGAGGAGUUUCUUGUCAAAAAGCGAUAUGCAAACCAUCGUGCUUGAAUGGCGGUAUUUGUACGGCAAAACGUUUCAAAUGCAAAUGUCGCGAUGGAUAUUUUGGGAAAGCUUGCGAACACAGGAUCUGCACAAGAUACGUAACCAAGCAAGUAUCGUACCUCAGACCAGUGACAAGAGCCAGAAUUAAAGAAUACAAAGUGCCAUGUGGAAUUCUUAACAUAUGGAAAUGCACAAAAUCAAGGCUGGUAUACUACAAAGCUCAAGAAGUCUUUUAUCGUCAAGAAUAUGGAUGUGCAAAGUAGAUGAAUUAUUUAAUUUAAUAAUACGGAUGUUUAUGGAGGAAUCGCAAACACCCCUUUGAACAUGCGAAUGGUAAAGGCAAAAUAAGUGUGAAGCUGGUUCCAAAAAAUAGGCUUGUCUUGGAAUUUGAGGCUGAAUUCGAAUGGAAUUUAAGGGCGAGAUGUGCCCCUUUAAAGUCCGUUUUAUAGUCUCGAACCAGUGCUGAAGGCCGAUAGUAUUAGGAACUCGUUCUCAAAGCAGAUUUCGAAUCAAGAGUAUACAUGCGCAUUGCUGAACGGGAAAGUGACAUCAUCCAACAUGACUCGAUGCCAAUAACUGCUUCUCCAUAAAGAAAUUAUGUAAACUGCUUUUCAUGGUUUGCAAUCGGUAGAAGUGUUUUCUUGCAAAUAUGCCAUUGCCCACGAGACAUUAGAGAGUUCAUGAAAAUAGUAAAGAAAAGGAACCAAAAUAGGUAAUAUCAUAAGCAGAGAAAUGAACAGUUUUAAUAUUUAUAUCGUCUAAAAAUAUUUUUUCGCUGUGUCCAUUUACUAAGUGACGUCUACGUUUUCUUGUACAAAAAUUAUAUGUAUAUUUUAUAUCAGCGAGUAUGUAGAAAUGAGGCCUUAUUUUCGAGGCAAAGUAGUAAAUGCAUUCCCCUUAACGUUAUAAUGAGUCUGAUACCAGCUGUGAUGAAAGGACAAAAUUACCGUUUCUAAAGUUAUUGCAAGUGCUAUGCUGUUGUGGGACACAAGUUGUUUAUAAGAGAGAUAAAGUAAAAGAUAGUCAAAAUUUACAAAGAGAAAGCUCACAAAACGAGUAAAAAAUUCAGCUAAUAUACCACAUCUUUACCAUGUUAAUGGCGAUGUACUUCGUGCUCGAACUAAACUGUUUACAUUAAAACAUAACAUAACUUUUGAUACAAUCUGAUGUAUUUCAAGUUUCUUUUUGUCAAUGAAAACCCACAAGCCGCUUAUGUUUUGCUCAGACAUUGUAUAACAAAGUUUCAAAGAACAGUUAGAAUGUGUUGUUUUAUGAUGAUAACAUCUGUUAUGUCAGCAAGCAAAGCAUAUCUUGUUUUAUUUGUGUAAAGCUUAUUUAUUGAGAAUAAAUUAACACUGCGUGUAAUAUAUUUUAUGGUUAAUGAUUGAGUGUCAACGAGUCCUUUCUUUUGGAAAUAGGGCUUCCAUAUCGAGAAAGAGGCUUCCAUACCGAGAAAGAGGCUUCCAUAUCGAGAAGGAGGGUAAAAACAGAAGGUCUCUGAAGUUUCUUCCCUAAGGGUGUACCUUGGAGGUCUAGUCUGUCACAUCAGUUUCUUGUAAACAAAUAUGCUUUUUAAAGAUGCUACAUUGUUCACAGUUUUCAAGUCCUUAAAAGACUGGGUAGAUAUGAGUAGAUUUUGAACGAAUGAGAUGGACAUUGAAACUGCCUAUCAAAGAUACUACUGUAAUUGACCCUUAUAGCUUUCCUAGCCUCUAUGCCACGUCUGCACAUUAGAAUUCAAGCUCGUUGCAUUCAGUUACAAAACAGAUUCGUUAUCCUACGUAUCUUAACUCAUAAAAAGCAGAAUGUAAUUAAAGUAUCUAUUGUCAAAUAUAUGAAAAUAUAUGAUUUACAAUUAUAUCAAUCAUCUUCAA